AUGUCAUCAAUUUCAUGCACAAACCUUGCACUAUUCACCAUUGCUGCACUUCUACUCCAGUUCAUCGGUCUCUAUCUUUUCGUCUUCAGUUUCUUCCCUGUCAAACCACUUCUCUCCGGCUACAGUCACUCUGAGAGUUUCCGACGCCCAACCUGUGAUGGCGUUGUUAAUGCAAAUCCGGACGAAGCGUCUCUGCCUCCAGAUCGAAUUCGGGAUUUGUAUCAGGAAGUAUCUGAGAUGCCUCCUACGUAUGAUCGCCUCAUCUUAAUGGUCAUUGAUGGUCUUCCAGCAGAAUUUGUGCUUGGCAAGAAAGGUCAGCCACCAAGCAAAGCUUAUAUGGAAGCUAUGCCAUACACUCAGUCAUUGCUGGCAAAUGGCACGGGUGUUGGAUAUCAUGCAGUAGCUGCAGCGCCAACAGUUACCAUGCCUCGUUUGAAAGCCAUGGUUUCUGGAGCAAUUGGGGGUUUCUUGGAUGUGGCUUCCAACUUUAACUCUCAGGCUUAUUUAGAUGACAAUCUUCUUGCACAAUUCUUUAAGAUUGGAUGGAAAAUGGUUAUGCAUGGUGAUGAUACAUGGCUGAAGUUAUUUCCUGGUUUCUUUGCACGGCAUGACGGAGUUAGCAGUUUUUUUGUUAAAGAUACUGUACAAGUAGAUCGCAAUGUGUCUAGACAUCUUGGGGAUGAACUUAGCAGGGAUGACUGGAAUUUUCUCAUACUUCAUUAUCUAGGAUUGGAUCAUGUUGGUCAUAUUGGUGGACGCAGCAGUGCAUUAAUGGCUUCAAAACUUUCUGAAAUGGAUGAAGUAGUGAAGAUGAUUCAUAGUAAUAUAGCAUAUGAUCAAGGGAAAACACUUCUGGUUGUAGUCAGUGACCAUGGAAUGACAGAAAGUGGUAAUCAUGGAGGUUCGUCGUACGAGGAAACAGACUCUCUAGCUCUAUUCAUUGGACCAAAAAAUCAUGCUUCUGACCACACAUUAUCCUAUCACGACACAAUUUUUCAGGUUGACAUUGCGCCAACAUUAGCUUUACUUUUUGGUGUGCCAAUUCCCAAAAACAAUAUUGGUGUUUUGAUCUCUCAAACGGUUGACUCUAUGACAGAUGAACAAAGUUUGAGGGCACUGCAGUUGAACUCAUGGCAGUUAUUCAGAUUACUUCAAGCACAAUUGCCUGACUUGUCUUGUAGAAAAUUUCCAUGUGAUGCUUUUAUUACUAAUAGUGGACCCACAAUUAGUGAAUGCAAAGGUAGCAAGGAGGAGUUGUUUUGUUGCUUGUAUUCAAAUGCUGCCACUCUUCAUGAUACCUGGAGGGCUGAAGCAGUCAUCAAGUCUAAUACUACUGAAGGCUACAACACCAUUGUUGCAGCAUAUCAUGAGUUUCUGAGCAGAGCAAGCGAGUGGCUAUCACACAAAGCAACUGAUAGACCAGUUAGUUUACUUGCUUUUGGAGUUGCUGCUUUGAUCACAUCAUGCUUGAUACUUCUGAAACUUCUAUUUGUUAUCAAUAAAGAAGUUCUUACUCUGGAGAUUCAAGAUGUUGAGAAUUAUACGAAGCCAUGGAAGUUGGAUGAAGGGUUCAUUUUCUUUGGCAUCCUGAUCCUUGUCAUUAGCAUGGGAUCAAGUUCUAUGAUUGAGGAAGAGCAUUACAUUUGGCAUUUUCUAACAUCCACAAUAAACUUAUUAUUUUUUCGGAAAGCAUUACAAUCGUUUGAACUUAACAAAGCAGUUGAUGAUCUCAUUUCACUAGGGAUAAAAAACUACACAUCAGGAUGCCAAAUUAGUUUGUUAUUCCUUACUCUUUUUUCUGGAAGAAUUUUGAAAGGCUGGCAUCAAGGUGGUGUGAACUGGACUAACCUUCCUGACAUUUCUACCUGGCUUGAGCAGGCUGGAAGUCAAUAUAUAAACCUGAUUAAGAUAGCAUCAUGUUUCAUGAUCAUCAUGUUGGGCAUAUUUGUAUUAUUUCUAUUGCAGUCCAAAACAAAAGUUGUAACGGUCAUUGGGUUCAGCCUUUUAAUGUCUAGUUUGUUGGUAUUGCAACAUUUUAUGAAACAUCAGGACAUGGCUGCCUCAUACAAUAAAGAUGCCACCUUUUCGGUUCAAGUUUUCUAUGCCAUUCUGGGAAUUACUACUGUUACAGUUGUAUUGGUUUUGCCGUGGAUUAUGCCUAUGAAAACUCGUGAAAUGUGCUCAAAAUGGAACCUCUACAUGUCUGCGGCUGUUCCUGCGGAAGUCCAUAAUAUGACACCAAUAUUUGUUUUAAAAGAUUCUUUGCAUGUUAUGGGGUGUGUGUACAUAACAUCAUGGUGUCUUCUGCAAUUGUUGCUUCAGCGACCAAUUAAUGCAAUGCCUUUGUUGUUGCUCAAUGUUCAAAUCUUGGCUUACAUGCUUGCCUUUUCUUCUUGUGGGUCACAUCAUAAGCAGUGGGUUGAGAUUACUGCAUUGUACAAUCUGGGAAUGGCAGGCCAUUUUGCUCUUGGGAACAGUAAUACGCUAGCUACCAUUGAUGUGGCUGGAGCUUUUAUUGGAAUUUCAAGUCACUCAACCUUCCUUUCAGGUGUUCUAAUGUUCAUCAUUACAUAUGCGUCCCCAAUGUUAUUCUUUUUUUCUUUGGUUCUGUACAUCUCUAUCAAGGUCAGAAUCUGUCCAUUAGUUACCGGCGGUGGAAAUUCUGGAGAAAUUCUCAAGUCUCUUCUUGGAUUUCCUUGCCUAGUACCACUGAGCAUAAACUCCAUUCUCUUGUCAGCAAACACAAUCGUCUUAGUGUUGAUGAGGAACCAUUUAUUUAUUUGGAGCGUUUUUUCCCCCAAGUACCUUUAUGUCUGUGCAGCAACUGCAUGUGUCUAUAUUGGGGUCUUCAUUGUCGUUGCAACCGUGAUUUAUACAUAUAUGGUACUUUUCUGGUUGAGAAAGAGCUUGUCCAUAACAAGCAAGGAAACUGUUACGUGA